AUGUAUAUUAUUGACGCUGCCCAAAUAGUUGAGAUUGACCUAUGUACGCUUCCCUAUAUUUAUUUGAAUUGUGAAUCAAAGAGCAAUUUAAGAAUUUUGAUCAAAGGAUGUCGACUUUAG